UGCGAGUGCUGUUAUAAAUAGCGGGAGAGUGAGCUCAGGUGGCGACAUCACCGCAAGGACACCUGUUGAGAACAUCUACUUCUCAGAGCAGCAUUAGCUUCUGGAACAGCUUGUUCAAGGAGAACCACAGAAAUCUUCCAAGUCACAAAAGUACAGGAAUGGACAAUAUCAGCAGACUGAUGUUCGCAGUUGUCAUGGCAAUGGCGUACAUGGCGAUGGGAGCCGAGGCACAGAACACCACAAUGGCUCCGAACUCCAAUGCUACUAUGGCCAACGUAACAAUGGCACCCAACGUAACAAUGACAUCCAACGUAACAAUGACAUCCAGCGUAACAAUGACACCUGUCACAGCUCUCAUGGUAAAUAUCUCAAUGGCGGAAUGUAAAAAGUCCCAGCUCUGUGCUGCUAAGCCGCCAGACUGUGAUCCGGCCGUGGCUGGGUCCUGUUUCUUCGUCUCCAUCAAGAAGUCCUUGGGACAGAUUUUCUCCUUCCAGCUACGAGGAGUGUCCAGUGGCUACAUCGCAGUAGGCUUGUCCAAAACUUCCACACAGGGUCAGAACGACACUACUUAUGUGUGCGCAAACAACAACGGAAAAGUAAAGUUCUUCACCGCUCUCCUCGACAAAGGAGUUCUGACCAUCAACAACAAGCUGCCUGUGGAGUCUGUGAAGGGCUCAGUCAACGGUCAGACCAUCCAGUGCACCUUCUCUGCUACUGUCCCCAACGCUACGGCCACCCGGAGCAUCGACACCAACUACUACCUCUCCAUCUCCAAUGGGACUUUUAAUAGUGUAACAGAUACCCUAGGUUCUCCUCAGGCUAUUCUGAACAGUGAUAAAGCUGUGGACCUGAAUGACCCCAAUACUACUGUGUUAAACUCUUUAAACUCUGCUCCCUCCGCCUUCUGCCUGUCUCAAGCUCUUCUGAUCCUGAUAGGUGUAUUAGGUAUGAUGAUGCUGUAAUGCAGGUCUGAAGGAGAAGCACCAUGCAGUCAGGAAUCCUGUCUCCUUCUCUUUACUCAACUUGGCCAGGCUGCAUCCCUAAAUGACACCCUCUCCUUAAAUAUAGGUCUAUUUUCACUAUGUAGGGAAUAGGGUGCCACACUCUGGUACCUGAACAAAGGACUAUGUCAGAUCUGAAGUUAUAUGCAUAUAGAUCCAAUCAUGUUUUUCCACAUACUUAAUGAAACCCCUUCUAGUUGGGGGUAGUAAGAUAAUAACCAACAGAAUGGACCCAGUGAUACAAGUGAUACAAUGGUGAUACAAGGCCAAGUACUAACAUAUUGUGUUGAUAGACAAUGGUGAUACAAGGCCAAGUACUAACAUAUUGUGUUGAUAGACAAUGGUGAUACAAGGCCAAGUACUAACAUAUUGUGUUGAUAGACAAUGGUGAUACAAGGCCAAGUACUAACAUAUUGUGUUGAUAGACAAUGGUGAUACAAGGCCAAGUACUAACAUAUUGUGUUGAUAGACAAUGGUG